AGAGAAACACAGAGAGAAAGGGGAAGGAGAAAACACAAAAGGAGGCAGGCUGGUGUUGUAACAGAAGCGGUGUCGGGCUUAGAGAGGGGCAGACAACAGAGAGAAACACGCACGCUGAGGCUGAGCGAAGCCUCAACAAGUUACGUCUGGGAUUUAUCACUGUGGCCAACAAGUAGAGAAGAGAAUUUAAGAGAAUUUACCAGCUUUGCUUUCCCUCCCUCCCUGCUCUCCCCCCUCUGCACCCUCCUCUGAAUGAUUGAAGCCAUGCCCAUCGUGUCUGCAAGCACAGGGCUGCAUGAGACUCUGGCCCUGCUCACCUCUCAGCUCCACCCAGAUGCCAACCAUAAGGAGGACCUGGUCUUCCUCAAAGAUGUCUUCAGUGAGAAAAGCCUUGGUUACCUCAUGAAGAUCCAUGAGAAACUGAAGCAGUAUGAGAAACAGAGCCCGACUCCCGUUCUACACAGCGCCUCCUAUCUGGCAGAGGACCUGGCAGAGGAGCUUCAGAAUGGGCCACUGGAGGACGAUGAGAGAGAGCUGCUUCUCUUGCUGAGCACUCCUCACCUCAAGGCAGUGCUGUCAGCCCACGACACGGUGGCCCAAAAGAACUUUGACCCGAUUCUGCCACCGCUGCCAGAGGAUCUGGACGACGACCUGGAGGAAGAGUCGGUGAAGAUCGUCCGCCUGGUGAAGAACAAGGAACCCCUGGGAGCGACUAUUCGGAGAGACGAGGCAACGGGAGCUGUAAUCGUGGCCAGAAUCAUGAGGGGAGGGGCCGCCGACCGAAGUGGUCUGGUGCAUGUAGGGGAUGAGCUUCGAGAGGUCAACGGAAACCUGAUAACCCACAAAAGGCCAGAUGAAAUAAGUCAGAUUUUGUCCCAGUCUCAAGGCUCCAUCACACUCAAAAUAAUUCCAGCUGUCGUAGAGGAAGACAAACUGAAGGAAAGCAGGGUCUACCUUCGGGCUUUGUUUGACUAUACCCCCUUUGAUGACAAGGCCACACCGUGCCAAGAGGCAGGACUUCCUUUUAAGAGGGGAGACAUUCUCCAGGUGGUGAGCCAGGAGGACACCACUUGGUGGCAGGCCAAGAAGGUGGGCGACUGUAACCUGCGCGCCGCCCUCAUCCCCUCCACACAAUUCCAGGAGAGGCGCCUAAGAUACAGGAUGAAAAUGGGUUCCUUUCCUGCUCCUGUGUCUCCGAAAACUCCUACAUAUGAUCGUGCUGAGAGAGAAGACUGUGACAGUGAUGGUGCUCUGAAUGGAAAGGACAUAGCCAGCCUGCGCAGAAGUUUCCGCCUCAAGAAAGAUCGCCAGGCUGCACCAGGAGAAGCUCACACUCCAGAUGCUAAUCACACAGACUUUCUGAUUUAUGAAGAAGUAACACAAUACCUGCCCCGCCCUAGUGAGAGGCCUCGCCUUAUAGUACUGAUAGGUUCCCUGGGAGCUCGGAUCACUGAGCUCAAACAGAAGGUGAUAGCUGAGAAUCCUCGACACUACGGUUUGGCUGUGCCUCACACCACUCGAGCCAGGAAGUGUCACGAGAGAGAAGGAGUGGAGUACCACUUCAUCACUAAAGCAGCUUUCGAGGCAGACAUCCAGAAUGGCAAGUUUAUUGAAUAUGGGGAGUAUAAAGAUAAUCUGUACGGCACCGGUUUGGAGUCCAUCAAUAGAGUUUUGGAUCAAAACAAAGUCUGUCUAGUGGAUGUGCAACCAGAGGCACUGAAGACUCUACGUACCGCUGACUUCAAGCCUUUCAUCAUCUUUGCACGGCCUCGCAUCUAUGUUACUCAAAAGAAACAGCUUGGCUCCUCUUCCUCUCUCAGCUUAGGGAUCACGGAGGAGGACCUACAGGAAAUGAAGCAGUCGGCAGAGCGGAUGGAAGAGUGCUAUGGCCACUGGGUGGACUAUGUCUUGGUGAAGGAGGAUCCAGUCAGUGCCUUAGCAGAGCUCCAGGUCGUACUGGAGAGGGUGCAGAUGGAACCCCAGUGGGUGCCUGUGUCCUGGGUGAGGAGCUAGUCCGCUUAACUGAGUCCGACUGCUUCAUAUCGGAAAGUGGACCCGCUAAGCGAGGACAGACAAAACUGCUGGGAGCCUCUGAAUGUUGGGAGUGAUCCAGUGUUUACUGCCAUAUAACCAUUCCACAGAUACAGGUUUGUGAGUUGAGUCACUAUCAUAAAAGAACAUCUGCGAGGACUGAAAGCUGCUUUUUUCAUCAGUCUGAACAUGAAGCAAGCGUUUCUGAUUAGAUGGAUCACUGUAACUUAAGUCAUACAGGCACAGGCUGGUGUACAUAAAUAGUGCAGUGGCAGUAUAACAGCUCUGACGGGCAUGAAGUACAUGCAUGCAGGAUAAUGUUCCUAAAGAAAGCAUCUGCACUUGUGUGAUCAAUACUGAAAGACAUCCACUACAUUACUGAAGUGCCAUAUUGAACAUGUUAAACUAAUAAAUAUAAUUGUAAAGUGAAAAUAUAACUCUGCAGAUGUCUAAUUUUUCACUGCUGGAACCUAUGCUUGUGUUAC